GAAAUUUCUUCGAGGAGCGAGUUGUCGGCGUUGUUUCGACCGUUUCUUGUCUUCAGGAAUAACUUUCCGAACGUGUCUCCUUAUUGAAGAUCAAGAGAAGCAACUGUGCUUCCAGUCUAGAUCCUAGGAAAAAAAUGCCUCCAGGGACAAAGAAACGAAAGACAGAGGAUUGUUGUUUUACAAGUUGUGUUGGUGGUAGUCCAAGAUAUAUCACUAGACUUUUUCUUCGUGAGCGAAGAGCAAGUGGAAUUGAAAGCAUAGGACAGUAUUUUGGAUGCUUACCUCCUGAGAUGCUGAAUCUCUUAUUCUCUUACCUAGAUGCUCCAGCACUGUCCUCAAUAGGGGCAACUUGUCGUGUUAUGAAUUCACAUGCCAAACGUUUAUGGAAACCAUUGUGUAUGAGGCUGGCACUUGUUCACAAACCCACUGUUUUGUGUGUGGCAAAUCCUUUGAGUGAGGAAUCAAUAUUUUCAUAUGAUAAAGCUGUUGAACUUUGCACAGGUGAAAAGCGCUGGGAAGUAAUGGCAGCAAGGAGCUGGUUAUACUCAAAAUGGCGCUGUGUGGUGUGUUAUCGGAACUGUUCUCAUCGGGUAGAUGUUCAUUUUGAUGUGACGCUCUGUGACAGCUGUCACCCUUUGUUUUACAGACGUAAAUGCCAUGCCAAGGAGCAAUUUAGUCUCACUGAGAGAGAUCUUAGGACCAUUGACAAUGACUCUUAUGAGUUCCUAGUAUCAGAUCUUGUUACUCUUGCGAGAAGGAAAUAUGGAAGUAGAGAAGCACUGCAAGACAGACUUAAUCACAAACAACGGCAGAAGAACAUGAGGGAAGCAGAGAAACAAUGUGCUUUGGUUCAGCGAGAGAGGGAGGUUUUACGAGCCCUUGAAAGUAUGAACAGCUCCUAUAGUGAUAUAGAAACUGUUGAUGCAAGGUGCAUGCCAUAUGUUAGUACUCCUGCAAGUUACCAGUAUGCUCCACAACAAUCAGCGGAGGAUGCCGCAAAGUGGUUGAUUGGAUGGAAGAAUAGACAGGAGACAAGGCAGAAGCUGCUAAUGGCAGAAAUCGAGGCACGGUCAACUCGGUGUAAGGGGUGUAGAGCUCGCUACGAUUACAGAUCUCUCUCCAGGUUACCAUCAGCCAUCAAGUGCACUCAUGUCCUGGAAGAAAAUGCCACAAAGUUGAUGGAAACUAUUAAGGAACAUUUCAACCAUGACAUACUUCACUACACACGACAUGGACAACUGAAUAUGGAGACUGGAGUCUAUGAUAUGGAGCACCGAUCAGCACAGGAACUGUUCUUGCGAAAUGAAAGGAGAACAAAGCUGAUGGAGGAAUUAGAGAUCAGGAAAACAGAGUGGCCUUCCAUUUUGAAUGGACAAAAAAAUGCCAUGAGCUGCACCUAUGCCCAGGACUUCAUUUACAAAGGUGUGGCCAUACUUGACAACGAUGGGAACAAGUGUCGUCUGCGUAAUGCUAAGGAUGUGGCCAGGGUGAUAUUAGCGAAGGCAUGUGGUUGGAAUUCAAGAAAUAAAGAAGUAAUGAGUGAAUUGGAAAAGAAAGGAUUUUUUCCACCAUUUGAUAGCCUCAAACUGGAGAGCCAUCUUUUGAUGGAUGAUUUUGUUGAGAGCAGUGUUGUGGUUCAUGGCGACAAUAUCAUUGCUUGUUCUUCAACUGAGGUAGCAGAUAGAAUAGCUGUGAUCGAGGGCUUGGAAGAAGAACAGAAAUCAUCUGCUGCGCAGAGAUGUGCAAGGAUUUACGCUGAAUGCAACAGGAAACCAGACAUCACUGCUCUGAGACAAUUGCGGAAAAACAGUCUUGUCAAAAGCUUGAAUGUAAAGUCUUUUUCUGAAUGUGGGCCCAGCUCUGAUCGCCGGUGGUCUCCUGCCCAUGAGUUCAUCAACUGUGGAACAACUACGUCACUUUUUGGGUACAAGGUGACCACGCCUGAGGCAGUUUCAUCUUUGAUAAGGCUCAAACAAGAAAUCCACUCUCAAACGAAGAUGCUUUAGAAUCUAUAGUAAUGUAAUGUUAAUAGUGAUUUUUGUAUAAAAUGGUCAGUAUGCUAUUUUGUUGGUGAAAGGUGAAAGUGAGUUAAUUUUCCAGCCUUAGGGUGAUAUCCAAAUUAUGGAUGUGUUAUAACCAAGCAUCAUUGUUCCUACAAGUAGUUUCAGAAUAGUAAAAUUUACAACUACUUCCUUUGGUGUAAACAACAAUGCAUCAAAUAUUAAAACUUGAGCUUAGAUUGUAAUAAUAUAAGGUAAAAAAUUUAGCUCCGUUAUGUCAAUCUGCAGUAAAUUCAAGUAUUAACAUAUCUUAAAUCUAAAAAUGUCAGCAGUGUUCUGGCAGAGAAAAAAUCUUCUAUUGAUUGUGUCCUGAUUCCAAUUUUCAAAUUGUGCGAACUACAGUUAUUAUCACACUAUUAGAAAUAUACAUGGUUCACGUUUAGGUUAAUGAGAGGGUGCGAUCCUCUUUUAUUAAUAAUAAUUAUUAUCUAUUAGUUUACUUGGGGCAUGAUGGUCAUGUAAUAUUUUAUGAAGGCUAUUUGCAUUUGUGCAAUUGAAGUGCUGAUAAAAUUUAUUAUGCAAGACUUUUUUUGGCCUCUUUUUUCUCAGAUCUUCCAAACCAAAAUUUACAUGCGACUUUCUAGAGGUAAUCUUCUGUCCUGCAUCAAAAAAACAAAAUUAAUCUUACCAAGAAGUACAUGUAACAAUGAUCAACUGGAAAAAACUUAUUACAAAAUUUAUCCAAUUUUGGAAAGAACUGAACUUCCAUGUUAUGCUGUUGUUUUGCAUUUAAUAAUUAUGCAAUUGAAUAUAUAAUUGUUUUGGAUUUUUUAACGACUUUUGCCUUUUAGCAAAGAGAUAAAUCGUCAUUAUUGUGCCAUACACAAAAUUAGUAAGCUUACUUCUUUCAAAUGCUUCACACCAUCAGCCAUUUCUCAUGAUUUUAGCUCAGUGAGUUUGAUGUGAAAUCUUAGAACAUCUCCCCUAGGUGUUGGGAGAAAAUCCUAUUAGGUCACUCCUGAGAGUACCAGGGUUAAAAAAAAUAAAUGAAGUUCCAUUUUCUUUCUUUUCUUUUCUGAAAUACCAUUUGAGGCAGACCCUAGCUUAAAUGUUCACUAACUUUCUAUAUACUUUUUGCAUCUUGUUGUCUCUUCAAUGGUUUGAUGUCAUUGUUAAAAAUUACGGCAAUCUCUUUCCCAUGAAAACUCUCUUUAACUCAAAUCCAACACUACAUGAAGACUUGCAUUUUCAUAACUGUACAGAGAAACUCAAGAAUUUUUUGCACAAGAACCUUUUUAUACCAAAUGCUAUACAAGGAGUGAAUGCUUUAAUUGAUAAAUAUACUUGUGGUGGUAGUGAAAACCCCACUAAGCAAUAGUUUUCUCAACAGAAACAUUAGGACUGCUGUUAAAUUGUAGAUUCUAAAAGUUCACGAGAGUGAUUUAAAAACUAAGCAGCAAUUGAGCUAGCUGAGAAAUCUAAGCUGAUACUAGUGCUCAAGAGGUUACAGUUGUAAUAGAAUAAUAUUAUUAGAGUAAAAAUUUAGAAAUUAGUGGAGUUCAAGAUUGACUGUGCAAACAUUGUCAAGGAUCUACUCUUUCCGGUCUUGUUACAAUUCAAACAGAAGGUUAUUCAGAUAUUCAAGAAAUAAACUCCAUUC